AUGUUUGCCAGAAAGCCUUUGGUAUUUCUGCUGUGUGCAAUCAGCAAGUAUACAGCGGCUCAUCUAUUGCGACAGGAAAGUGCAACAAAUCUGAGUCAGUGGAGUCGUGGUCCUGAAGCUGAUUCCCAUCAAGUUGUCCAGCUGUCGAUUGCCUUGACUCUUCAAGAUUCUGAUCUUGGGGUCGAAACUUUGCUUCGCAUCUCUGACCCAAACUUCCCAGAAUAUGGCCAACAUUUGUCGGCUAAAGAAGUUGCUCGCAUUUUUCAGCCCAAGCCAAAUGCCGCUGCCGACGUGUUGGACUGGCUCAAAGAGUCCGGUGUCGAUCUAAACCAUGUCAAUUUGUCCCACGGUGGCGAUCGCUUGUCUCUAAGUUUGUCUGUUCGAGAGGCCACCUGGCUCCUGCAGACCACAUUUUAUCACCACACACAUUACAAGACUGGACAGGGACAGAUUGGCUGCGAAUAUUAUCAUGUUCCACAAUCACUUUCUGGCUCUAUUGACUACAUCCUGACUUCUUCCCCUAUUCAGAGUCAUCAGCAGAUUCCUCGACAACAGAUUGUCUUGAAUGAUCAGUCCUUUGCAGUAGGACCCACCGCACCCGAUUGUCACAGUCAAACAAACCCAGAGUGCCUUCGAGAUCUUUACAAGAUCCCAAUAGAUGUGAUACCGCAUCCCAACAAUUCGUUUGGAAUUUUCGAACCAUCUUGGAUCUCUUGGAUCUCCGACGACUUGGACAAGUUUUUCCAAAAAUAUCAGAAGAACCUAGUCGGGUCGCGUCCCAAGUUUGAUGCAAUAAAUGGAGGAUAUUGGAACGAAACCAGCCCUUCAUUUCCAUUGCAUCAAGAACCCAACCUGGAUUUUGAGUAUGCAAUGGCGCUCACAUCACCUCAUGAAGUCACCAAUGUACAAGUCGGUUCCAACGUCGAACAAGGAAACCUAGAGGAUAUGCUUGUAGCGUUUGAUCAAUACUAUUGCGAUCCGAUCAACCCCGAGCACAAAAGGUUUCACGGCGGCAAGAAUUUGUAUCCGCCAGGGUGCAACGCCACGACCUGCGACUGCGGUUCAUCAUCGCCACCCAAAGUCUUGUCCAUAUCGUGGGGCUGGACGGAAGCUCAUUUUAGUCCAAACUUUUUGCAUCGUCAAUGCCUCGAGUUUCUCAAGCUCGGCCUAAUGGGCACAACCGUAGUCGUCAGCAUAUCGGAUGACGGUACUGCAAGUCAGUCGGGCGAGUUUUGCAUCGACGAUCCAUCAGGGAAUGCCACUGCCGGGAGAUUCAGUCCAGUCUUUCCAGGGUCUUGUCCUUGGGUCACGAGUGUGGGAGGCACGCGAUUGCUGCUGCCAGGGGAGCCUCGACCACCGGCAUCUUCCACAAAGGAGACAGUUUGGAGAGAACCUGUGCAUUCCUCUGGAGGCGGCUUCAGCAAUGUAUUCCCGGUCCCUCCAUAUCAAGCGCCAAACAUUGCGUCCUACAAGAACAUUGAAGGAGAUCACUUGAAUGAGAUCCAUGACCGUUUUAAUAGCACAGGCAGAGGCUUCCCCGAUGUAGCCGCCGUAGCACACAGGUAUGCGGUUGUUAGUCAAGGAAACGACACGUUGAUAUCUGGCACUUCGGCAUCGAAUCCAGUGUUUGCCUCAAUCAUCACACUGAUUAACAGCGAGCGCAUGCAUGCUGGCAAAGGUUCAGUUGGGUUCAUCAAUCCAGUCUUGUAUAGCAACCCGGGCGUACUCAAUGACGUUAUGACAGGCUCGAACAAGGGUUGCGGUAUUGGUCAGGCAUUUCGGGCCACCCGUGGAUGGGAUGCGGUGACGGGUCUAGGAACUCCAGACUAUAAGCGAUUGCGACACCUUUUCAUGAGUCUGCCAUGA